AUGAAAUAAAGAAAAAUGCAGACACCAUAAGAGAUUAUAGCUUUUCUUCGAUCUUUUAAAAAUUAUAUUAGAAAACCCCACUCAAUGAGUCCUUAGAGUCGUUGUCAAACAAAUGUUUAAACAGCCAAAAAGAUGAUGAAAGAUGAUCAUCUACUGAAAUCUCCUACUGAGAGAAAACAGAAUAAUGAAUUUAUUUGUGAGGGAAUUGAGAAGAAAGUCGAAAGUUUGGCUAUUUAGAUCAAGGAUUUGUAGACAAAGUAGGAACAAUUAGAGAAUUAGCAUUAUUAAUUGAGCAUGAGUGUCAAGAAAUUAACAUUAGACAAAAAGCACUAAUUACAAGUAAGAGGGAGCAAACUUAAUUUUAGGAGCGAAGUUAGAUGAUCAAAAAGUUAGAUCAAAUGAUUGAUAUCUAACUAAAAUAGGAAGAAAACUUGAAUUAAUUUAAGUAAUUAUUUGCUUCUCGAAAAUUAAUUAAUUGA